CACUGCUGAUCCAAAUCAGAUAUCGCUUUGAAAUGGAUGAGGGGGAAAUAGAGAAGGAUGAGUAGAGCGAGAGAAGACUAGCUGCUUCUGCGUACUGUACUUCAUGUAUUGGCAUUCAGCUGGAGUAUAUAAACCACAGGAGAGCAAGACUGACAUACUGAAAAAGGAAAGAGUCUGCAGAAAGUUCAUAGACAACAUGGAGCCAGUGACAAAGGUGAAAAGAGUCUGCAAAACAAAGCCAAGCACAAUUACAGACUGCUGCGUAAGAGGUGGAGUAUUCCCCAACGGAUUUUGUCCUAUGAAUGGUCCCAGGUUGCUUGUGGUUAGAACCAUAGAUGAAGCUGAUGGUUACGUUGCCAGGAGAUUAAAAAGUGACCGUUUCGAGAGAGAUACACUGUUGACCUCUUCAGAUGAAUCAGCUUCACUUCCCAAAGAGCUCUGUGUGACCCACAGCAUGAGAAGCCUUACACCGGAGGAGUACGCAAAGGCCUUUCAGUCAUUCCUAGACCAUUCAACUGAACACCAGUGCAUGGACCAAUUCAAUAAGAAGGAGCUGCCCAAUAUAGUGGCCAGUCUUGGAAAUGGAAAAUCGACUAUCAAUGUGCUAGGUGUGGGAAGUGGCACAGGAGAACAAGACUUGAAAAUGAUCAGAAUAAUCCAAUCCAAGCAUCCAGGAGCCUUCAUUAACAAUGAAGUCAUAGAGCCCAACCCAGAACAUAUUCUGGCAUACAAAGAAGCAAUUAAGAAUUCUUCUGAUCUCAACAAUGUCUCAUUUACCUGGCACCAGUUAACAUCCAUGGAAUAUGAAAAGCAGGCAAAAGAGUGGAAUGUAGGAAAGAAAUAUGACUUCAUACACCUGAUCCAG